UUUCCCGUCUGUUUGGGACCAACAGAAAUACGAGAAUAAAUGUAAUUUGACUCCCUCGUAAAAAAAGACUAAGAAAGCCUGUUGGGCUGAACUCUUAUCUCCUUUUUUUUUAUCUCCCUCUUCCCUCCUCCUCUCAUGUCUUGUCGUGUCUUUUUUUAAACAUAUCAGGCGUUCUUCAACAAGGGCUUAAAUUUCUUUUCCCCUUCGCCCACCAAAGUCAAAACGGAAUUGUCCGAAUCUUUUUACCUCAUGAACUUUGUCUAUUUCCAAUCGAGGUGACACUUACGAAAAGCAAUCUCGCCGUCGAGAUGAAGACCUCAAACCUCACACAAAUGGCCAAGCUGCUGCUGCCGCGGGCAAGCAGGCAGAAGGGCGUCCUUCUUGCCAUGGGCAUCUUGGUAAUAUUUGGACUGAUAACACAUACCUGGGGAUUUUAUUUCGAACCUCCCAGCCUUCUGUCGUAUCGUACAACACGAAGGUCAAACCCGCAUCAAGUGAAGCUCGCGUCGCACACGUCGAAUUUAAUGCAUGAUCUAUGGAAGCCUUUUCUUCUCGACAUUAAUGCGACAAGCUUUUCAACAGAUGAGGGGUACCUUUACGAGGUGCCCAAGGAGAACGAGAACUGGGCGAAGCCAUUGGGCAAGAAGCUCCUCAUUUUGGAUGUUGACACUCGAUUGGACAAGGGACCUGGCGCUGUGAUGAAUGACUCGGCGCUGGAUUACAAGGAAAUGAAGGGACGAACUGGUGGAAUUAUGAACCAUUAUCUCUAUGCGAUGAUUCAUGGCUAUGACUACAAAUUUGUCCGAGCCCCCAAUUAUCCUAAGCGACACCAGACAUGGGUUAAGGUCCCAAUGAUCCGAGAAGCGCUCAAGUCCCACGAUUUCGUUGUUUUCCUCGACGCCGACGCAGAAUUCAUGUACCCCCAGGUACCAUUCGAAUGGUUAAUGAAGCUAUGGAACAUCACAGACAAGACACUUCUUGCGCUAGCAAACGAUCCCGAUUCUCCACGAAACCGCGACGAAAAGGGCAAGGUUAUGCAGAACACCGGCUUCAUGAUCGCCCAGCAGAGCAACCGAACACAAGAACUCUUCGACGACUGGGAGCAAUGUCCAAGCGAGAAGAAAUACAAGGGCUGUCAGCGAUGGGCCAACGACUGGGCACACGAGCAAGCGGCAUUCUCCAAUUACGUACGAUACAGCUAUAACCAGACCCAAGACAUUGGCACGAUACCAUGCAUGGACGGGAAUGGCGCUCCGUAUAUUGGAGAUAAGACUUGUGGCGGAGUCUUCAUCCGUCACCAUUGGUUCCGCAAGGAUGACCCUGCAAAGGAUCUCCAACGAUUGAUCCUCGAGGCUUUUGUGAGUCGGUUACAUGCAGGAUUUCACAAUGAGAUACGAGACAAUUUCUUAGAUGCGAGUCGACAUACGUACCCGCUCAACCAUUUAGUCUUUUAAGCGUUAGUUGCAUAUAGAUAGAUUUUUAAUACGAGAAACGUUUUCAUCAA